UUAAUAGACAUUCGAAGGGGAGAAAGCUACACUUCAUCAUCAGGAUUCAGGAACACUAAACCUGCAAAGCUCCCACAUAAAACUUAAUACUUAAUCAUCGCAUUUGCAUGGCAGUUGGGCUUUUAUCCCACAGUGUGUCGGAUCUCUGCCUCGGGAAGCCGGCGCUUCGGCCCCUCCCUGCCACCGCCUCCGUCGGCGACGCCAUCCUUGCCCUCCGCAGCUCCAGCGACCCCCACCUCAGCGUAUGGUCCUGCGACCACCGCCCAAACAGCAGCAGCAGCUCCCUUGAAGUUGAUGCCGGUGCUGCUUGCAGGUGCGUGGGGAAAGUGUGCAUGGUGGAUGUGAUCUGCUAUCUCUGCCGGGAAGACAACCUCCGGCGUCCCGGUGACGCCCUCAAGGCCCCCGUGACGGAGAUUCUGCCGGAAUCGUCGGACGCCAGCGUAAGACACUUGGAGCCCUCCUCGAGCUUGUUGGAAGCCAUUGAUAUCAUCUUACAAGGAGCACAGAACCUUGUGGUGCCAAUCCAAACCAAAAGAAGCACAAGAAGAAAGCUUCCCGGCAAGCCCCUCUCGGCCAGCCCGACCCACCACAGCAACGGCCUCGAGUUCUGCUGGCUCACCCAGGAAGACGUGGUCCGGUUCCUCCUCAGCUCGAUCGCGCUCUUCUCCCCUCUUCCGGCCCUCUCCAUCGACUCCCUCGGCCUCAUAAACCCCGACUUCCUGGCCGUGGACUACGACUCCCCUGCAUCCUCUGCCCUCGGGCCGAUCUCCCUCUCCCUGGCCCACCAGACCUCGGUGGCCGUCACCGACUCGGAGGGGGUCCUCAUCGGGGAGAUCUCCCCCUUCACCCUUGCAUCCUGUGACGAGACCGUGGCGGCGGCCGUCGCCACCCUCUCUUGCGGGGACCUCAUGGCCUACAUUGACUGUGGCGGGCCACCGGAGGACCUCGUCCGUGUGGUCAAGUCAAGGCUGAGGGAACAGAAUCUGAUAGGGCUGCUGGAAGGAUUCUCCUUCAGCUCCAGCUCCUCCUCUAUCUCCUCAAUGUUGAGUAGUGGGAGCUGGUGUUCAUCGUCUUCCUCGGACGAGGAGAGCGUGGGUUCCCCAAAUGGGUCGCUCCCAAGGAUAGGAAGGCAGCGGUCAUUGGGCUACUCGGCAAGGAUGGUACGGCGAUCCGAGGCCAUAGUAUGCCACCCAAAGAGCUCGCUGGUGGCCGUGAUGAUCCAGGCGAUAGCGCACCGGGUGAACUACGUGUGGGUGAUAGAGGAGGAUGGUAGCUUAGUAGGGAUUGUGACCUUCUCCAGCAUGUUGGAGGUCUUCAGGGAACACCUGGAGUUGCAUGAUGAUGGCCUAGGUGAACUUUGAUGGAAAGUUUGAGGAGUAAAAAGCAAAGAAAAAAAAAGUUCUGUUUAUCUUUAUUGCAGGUUUUUCCUAUAUGCGGGGUUUUUUUGGAACAUUGAUGUGAUGAUGAUGAUGAUGAUGAUGGAUGGGGACAUGGUCGUGUGAAUAGAGUUGAGCUUUUUCCUUUUUGUCUAAUUUUUUUUUAAUUAUUUCGAAUAAAGAUAAGAAAAAACGGUCAAAUAUA